AUGUAUCGAAGUGAAAAACCUAAGACCAAAGUGGAAACAGUCGAGCAGCAACAAACUUCAGUAAUGUCUGACGAGGAUUUUAUUGUGGAUGCAGUGAAAUCAACAACAAAUAUUAAGGGCCCCCAAAAUGUAUGGAUCACUCCCUUGCUAGUGAAUAACACUAUUAUUCCUCUAAAACUGGACACUGGUUCUGAUGUAAACAUCCUGAGCUUCAACGAUUUCAAAACUUUGAAAGAUCAACCCAAGUUACUGCCAACUAAAGUCAAGUUGACUGAAUAUGAAGGCAGUGAGAUUCCUACGAUAGGCGAGUGUAUUUUAAGAGUGCAUGCCAACAGUCAUAGUUAUUAUCUAAAAUUUAUUAUCAGCCCUCAAGAUGUCACACCAAUACUAGGAUUAAAAAGCUGUGAAAAAAUGGGACUUAUACAACGAAUCCUUAAAAUAUCUUUGAAGCCACCACAAGGUCCUGAGAAUGUAGACACACCUACAGUCAAACAACCAAAUGGUGAUCCAAUAUUUUCUGAUUAUGCGGAUGUAUUUACUGGUCUUGGGGACUUACCUGGUCAAGUGCAUAUUCAGUUGACCCCAAAUGCAAUACCAAGAAUUGAUGCCUGUCGACGAAUACCUUUUCCACUUCAGCAACAAGUUAAAGACGAGCCGUCCUGACCGCGUAGCUCAGUUGGAAGAGCAUUGGGCUAGUAUUCCAAAGGUCGUAGGUUCGAAUCCCACCGUGGCCGGGCAUAUUUUUCAAGCUCGCCCGGUGUGGAUAUGCACUCAGAGUAACAUCGCAAACAUCAUAUUCACCUGAGUACACAACACCAACACAGAAAAAUAUUCAUAUUACUAGAACACAUUGAUAUUGAAGGAACUAGAUACUGUUCCGAAAUAUCACUUACUCGAACCGUCCUGACCGCGUAGCUCAGUUGAAAGAGCAUUGGGCUAGUAUUCCAAAGGUCGUAGGUUCGAAUCCCACCGUGGCCGGGCAUAUUUUUCAAGCUCGCCCGGUGUGGAUAUGCACUCAGAGUAACAUCGCAAACAUAUUAUUCACCUGAGUACACAACACCAACACAGAAAAAAAUUCAAGUUAAAGACGAACUAGACCGCAUGGAACAGAUAAAAGUUAUUGAAAAAGUUGAACGACCCACACAGUGGGUUAAUUCAAUGGUUGUUGUGCACAAACCUAAUGGUGCUUUAAGAAUCUGUAUGGACCCGAAGAAUUUAAAUAAGUCCAUUAUGAGAGAACACUAUAAACUCCCCACCAGAGAAGAAGUUAUGUCCAGAUUUGCAGGUGCUACGGUGUUUUCCAAACUUGAUGCUUCAGGUGGAUUUUGGCAAUUAAACUUGGACAAUGAAAGUUCAGACCUGUGUACGUUCAACACGCAGUUUGGUAGAUAUCGUUAUUUACGUCUUCCUUUUGGUAUUUCCAGUGCACCAGAAAUACUGUAUACCACCGGACAAUUCACCAAAUGUUUGAACAUGUUGAUGGAGUUGACACAUCAAUGGAUGACAUAA